UGCCGUGACCUUCCUCCCAAUGUGCAGAUCCAGCCCGAGCGAGACGGAGCUGACGGCUUCCCCGCCAGCGCCCCGGCCGCCCCCGCUGCCCCCCGGCCUCCGCAGCCCCGCGGCCGCCCCGCGCCCUCCCCUGCUCCCCGCAGCCGCUCGCCCAAGUGCAUGAGGCUGCUGCUUGCCCAAGAGCCACCGAGCGCCCGCACCGACGGCCGAGGCCGCCCCGGGAGCCAUGUCAGGGUUCCUACGACGAGUCGGCGGCGGCCGCCGAGGAAACGACCGACAGCUUCUGGGAGGUGGGGAACUACAAGCGCACGGUGAAGCGCAUCGAUGACGGGCACCGGCUCUGCAACGACCUCAUGAACUGCGUGCACGAGAGGGCCAAGAUCGAGAAGUCCUACGCCCAGCAGCUCACCGACUGGUCCAAGCGGUGGAGGCAGCUGAUCGAGAAAGGCCCGCAGUACGGCAGCCUGGAGAGGGCCUGGGGGGCCAUCAUGACGGAGGCGGACAAGGUGAGCGAGCUGCACCAGGAGGUGAAGAACAGCCUGCUGAACGACGACUUCGAGAAGGUCAAGAACUGGCAGAAGGACGCCUACCACAAGCAGAUCAUGGGAGGCUUCAAGGAGGCCAAGGAGGCCGAGGACGGCUUCCGAAAAGCGCAGAAGCCCUGGGCCAAAAAGCUCAAGGAGCUGGAGACGGCCAAGAAAGCCUACCACCUGGCCUGCAAGGAGGAGAAGCUGGCCAUGACCCGGGAAGCCAACAGCAAGGCGGACCAGUCCAACACCCCCGAGCAGCAGAAGAAGCUCCAGGACAAAGUGGAAAAGUGCAAGCAAGACGUGCAGAAGACUCAGGAGAAGUACGAGAAGGUGCUGGACGAGCUGAACAAGUGUACCCCGCAGUACAUGGAGAGCAUGGAGCAGGUCUUCGAGCAGUGCCAGCAGUUCGAGGAGAAGAGGCUCAACUUCCUCAAGGAAGUGCUGCUGGACAUCAAGAGGCACCUGAACCUGGCCGAGAGCAGCAGCUACGCCAACGUCUACCGGGAGCUGGAGCAGACCAUCCGCCUGUCGGACGCGCAGGAGGACCUCCGGUGGUUCCGCAGCACCAGUGGCCCCGGCAUGGCCAUGAACUGGCCCCAGUUUGAGGAGUGGAACCCGGACCUGACGCACACGAUAGCGAGGAAGGAGAAGAUGAAGAAGGGCGAGGGGGUGACCCUGACCAACGUCAGCUCGGGGGAGACCGGCGCGUCGGCGGGCGAGCGCGGGAGCGUCAGCAGCCACGACCGCGGGCAGACCUACAGCGCCGAGUGGUCCGACGACGAGGGCAGCAACUCCUUCAACGCCAGCGAGGCCAACGGGGGCACCAACCCCUUCGACGAGGACUCGGCGGGGAAGGGCGUGCGGGUGCGGGCGCUGUACGACUACGACGGGCAGGAGCAGGACGAGCUCAGCUUCAAAGCAGGCGAUGAGCUGACCAAGCUGGGAGAAGAAGACGAGCAAGGCUGGUGCAAGGGGCGCUUGGACAACGGGCAGCUGGGUCUCUACCCCGCCAACUACGUGGAGGCAAUCUAAGUCUUGUGGUGUGCUCCUCGUCGCUGUCCGCAGAUAAAUCCACCCUCCGUUGUCUCAUCUCUCCGCCAGCCAGCCAGCCAUCUCGCCGUCCGGUCCGUCGCCCCUCACAGUUAGAGAUUCAGACAUAUUUUCCGACCAAGCUUUUAUUUUUUUAAGAGUUGUCUCCGAAGAGUAUUUUGCAUAGCCGCUUUUCUUCUUCUUCUAAGAUAACGUGAAGCGAAAGAUGACGUUGUCCGUGCUGCGUUAGCUGAUUUGCCGAGCGAAAAGCCGAUACCUCAAGAUCUCCAAGCCCAGCCGGUGACAGCCCCUGGCUGGUGGCUUUUACAGACACUGACACCCUGAGCCGCCCCACGACCGGCUGCAAGCGCUCCGAAAUGCACGGCGCUGAAGCUCCUGGGACCAACCUAAUUCGCCCCCCUGAAAAUGAGAGGGAAUGGGGUUUUGCUCCAUUUAUUUUUUGGCUGUUCUGUGUUCUCCCCGAGUCCUCCUCCAUCCCCGAAGGAAGGGGACCAACGUCCCCCCCUACCCCGCAGCCGCCUGUCCCCAUCCAGGGGCACCGAGCGAGGUGGGACCAGCCCCAGCAUGGAGCUUGGUGGCAUCUCUCCAGCUUCCUCCUCCUCCUCCUCCUCCUCCUCGUGGCCGGGUGCUGCCACCACGCUCCAAGCCAAUGCCCUGCCUGUGCUGCAGGGAGCAGCAGCGGCCUCCACAAGGGUAUUUAUCCCAGGUCAACCAGAUCCUAAAAGCGCUGCCGCUUCCCCGAGGACCUCUCCACAGCCCCACGCUGCCACCAGCGCCCCGCAGCCAGCCCAGGAUCUCGGGGACCCGCUGGGGACCAUCCCCUCCGACCCCUUCUUGAGGUCUGGCACAUGAGGGAUGGGAGCAGGGGCAGGGGGACACCCUCCAGGCUCACCCCAUUCCUGCACCUGGGCUCUGGGAGCAGCAUCAGCAUGGGCCGGAGCCCCCUCAUGCACCCAUGGGUGCCCCCGCACAGCGCUCUCACCCCACCCCUCUUCUCUGAUCAUUCCAUUUUUUUCCACCCACCACCCUCAGCAGCAUCAAUGCCGAUGCUUUCCCUGUGUAUUUCCCCCUCUCCUCGCCUGCCCGCUCCGUCGGCUGGCGAAUUUUUUGGCCCCAGGGACCGGGCGCUCCCCCGGGAGCAGGGAGCGCAGCGCCGGGCAGCGCCAGCCCCUGCCAGGUACACGAAUGGGAAACAAGAAAAAAAAAACAAAAGUCAGAAAAAAACCUAACCGACCACCUGUCUCAGCAAUGCACCCCGGUUUUUUGUACAUUAUUUGUGUAAUUUAAGAGGUAUAUAUAUAAUAUAUAUAUAUAUUGUGAUCGUAUUACCGUGGAUACAACAACUAAAGCAGCAAGAGAAAAUAACCGAGCUCUGUAA